AUGGAUGUUCCGCGCGUCACUGCCGUCAUGACUCCAUCAAUUCGUGUCUGUGAUUUCAAUGCCCAGACCGACCCCUUUCGUCGUCCGUCCCUGGCCUACAGCGCCACGGUCCAUUCGAGCUCGUCUGGUCCCAUGUCCAUUCCCAACGCGAGAGAACCGGCCCCGCCCGCACUGCCACCGCCGCGCUACCUUGACGAUCUCGCUCAUGGCUCCGAUCCGGGUUGGCAAUGGGGCAAUAGGGAUACUAGUGGAGGUUUUGCCAAAGGUAGCUUUGGCUCCGUCAACCCGUCGUCGAGUCUCUGUGGUGGCAGCUCCUUUCGCCGGCCGUGGGCAGACGCCGACCAAAAGCCUGUACGACGAGAGAGUUCGACCUCAACCAUAGUCGCACCAACAAGAGAUCUUGAGAUGGCAGAACCCGGGUCUCAAUUGUCGGCAAGAGAACUGCCAGCUCCUUUGCUGGCGGUGCCUACAAACUGCGAACUCAAAGGCGAAAGACAACUCGAACAGAGGAACAGUGAAGAAAAGUCAAAGGACUAUGACAAGCGGCUGCUCUCACGGAUAGGCAAUCCCAAUACCCCUCCCCGCAACCACCGUUCUCCACCCAUAACAGACCUCAACAAGGAUGUUUCUCCAACUUCAGGGGUUGGAUAUGUCCCGUCUUCACGGCAGCCUGUCCAAUUACGCGCCUUGUCUCUCCCAGAGGCUCGAGCAGCCGCGCCGGAGAGCUCGCUGUAUCGCUGGAAGGGAUUCACAUCACACUCGGCCGGCAUGUCACCGGCUGGCGUUUCGCCUUCGGGGUAUCCUAGCCAUGGGGGUUUUACGGACUCUGCCCGCACGCCGUCGACUAGUCAUCCUGUAUCGUACAUGUCAGAGGUUGACCCCUUUGCUCGCAUUCGUGGGGGAGAAGUUCGCCGUUCAGGAAGCGGUUCGACGUAUUUUGAUGACGUGUCUAGCAUUGCCAGUCGUUCAAACCGGGGUAGCUAUGACCGGGAAUCGCUGGUUGAGCCAGAGACUGAGUUUCCCAUGGAUGAGUCGGGUAUGCGCAAUUUGCGUCUAGGAGAUCGGACGCCUCCGAAUCUUGACGGCCCCAUGGCCGCUCUAUGUCGAGCGGGUCAGAAGAGACGGGCAUCGUCUCCGCCGCGAGAAGUGACCAGAGACGAUAAGCUCUCGGUGAGCAGUGCUAGUGGAUUAAGUGACGGUCUGGGGCUGCGUCGACUGCCUGGACUGGUUCCGCCGCCAGUGUCCUCGGGCUCUCUUGGGCCCCCUCCUCUACUGACACGAACAUCACCCGUCUCUCGCACACACCCUAAUCAUGGCUCUGUGUCUUCUGUAUCAUCAUAUGGAGCUCGUAAUGGUUCAUAUGCCUCCACCACCAGCCUUUCGCUUGGUGGAAGCAGCAUCACGAGCCUCUCGUCAUCGUACGCCUCACUAGACCGAACAUCACCGCGAGGCAUUUCUCCUCUUUCCGAGCUCGAUUCUAGUCAUGACUCUCCCUACUUUGCCAAUUCUGUAGCUUCAUUUAACCCGAGCCCGCGUGGUUCGCUCUCACGAUCGAACCGUCAACGGACAAUGUCUGAAACCAAGACCAACGCCGCCACGACGGCACCGCCACCCCCACCACCACCAUCAUCAUCAUCAUCAUUGCCAGGAAUGCCGGCACCUGCUGGGGACAUUGCUGCCAGUUCGCAGGCGAAGCAGCCGGGCGCGCCGCGCCUUCAAGGGCACUAUAUCUGCGAAUGUUGUCCGAAGAAGCCAAAGAAGUUUGACACCGCAGAGGAAUUACAACUUCAUGCAAUGGAAAAGCAAUACACAUGCCAGUACUGUCAGAACCGGUUCAAGAACAAGAACGAGGCAGAGCGUCAUCAGAACUCGCUCCACCUACGGCGUCAUUCAUGGUCCUGCGCCGCACUAUCCGGCGUUGAAACUGCAUUCCAUCCCUCUUCAACAAUGCCCUCGGCAGCAGACGUCUGCGGAUACUGUGGCGAAGAGUUUCCCAAUCCCGCGCAAUGGGACGUGCGCGUCGAACAUCUCACCAGCGUGCACAAGUACGGCGAAUGCAACCAGUCGAAGAAAUUCUUCCGCGCAGACCACUUCCGCCAGCACCUCAAGCACAGCCAUGCCGGCACAAGCGGCAAGUGGACAAACAUGCUGGAAAACGCGUGCAUGAAGGAGGAACCCCUACCAGAAGUCCUUAAUUCUUCUUCUUCGUCUGCUCCUGUUACUUCUACUACAGGCGGCAGUGCGACGGCCCCUUCAAGAGGCAGUAUAAGCAUGCCCGGCCCACCAAGUACGAGUACUUCUGCCGCAAUAGACGGCGGUGGCGGUGGCAGCGGCAGUGGGAUCAGCAAUGGAACAAGAUCAGGCCUUGUUUCCCGGAUACGAGGCGCGGUUAUCAAUGAGGUGCAUGAUGAGUCUUGA